UUUAUAUUUAGUCAGCCGUAAAUAUUUGCUUUGGUUUGGUGUCGCAGUUCGCAAUAAUUUAGCGCUUUUCAUAUCAUGGCAUGUGCUUCGGGAGGUAAAGACCCCCCUGAUAGAAACGAUGUAUCGUAGUUAAUAAUCCGAUAGUGUUCGCAAAUGAUUUUGAUUCCUUUCAAGCUCAACUAAACUUGUCCCAAGCUUCUACCUCCUCUAGCAGUGGUUAUUCAUCAGCCUUGACGCUUUCGCCUUUAGCUAAGAAAACAGCACAUGCUAUCACUCAGCAUUAAUGCUUCUUAGUACCCACUAAGGAGGAAAUAGAUUUAUUGGAGACAGAGUUACAAAAGCUUAAAUCUGUCUUCGUGGAAGAUCAGGAUGCCCUAAACGAAAUUGCAAGAAUUUCAGUCAACAUAAGGAGAAUACUUAACUGAAAGUAUAAAUAUGAACUUACAGACCAGGGACCAUUUCUUAUCAUAAUGGAGGGAAUAACUUCUCAAGUUGGAAACAUUCACCCGAUGAAUGUUGGAAAAAUUUUGUACAGAGCUGGAGUACAAGGUAUAACAAAAAUCAAUAGAAAAGGGGCUAAUAAAAUUGGAAUUGAAUUCAGAACAUCAGAGUAUGCUAAUCAGUUUUUGUCAAAUGAAAGUUUCAGUUCUGCUAGAGGCUAUAAUAGGUACAUUCCAAAACGUCUUGUCACUUGUAGAGGACUAAUCAAGGAUGUAGGGGACCAAAUUACGGAAGAGGAUUUUUACUCAGAAGCGGUAACUUAUACAGGGGAAGGAUCCCGGGCCAGGUCGAUUAAGAUAUUAAAUGUAAAAAAAGUCUUAAGAAGGAAGAAAAUACUUGCUAUUUCUGGCGAAACAGUAAUGAAAACCAUCCCCACAAACGAUUAUAUUGUAACAUUUGAAGGCAAAUCAUUACCCCAAACUGUAAAUAUUUUUAAUAAUGAAAGAGAAGUGGAAAAAUAUGUUAACCAGUUUAUAAUGUGCGUCAAUUGUUGCAGAUUUGGACAUGUCAAAAAUAAUUGUAGAGGCAAGCCUCGUUGCGGUUUUUGUACAGAAGAUCAUCUUAUGUUUGUUUCUGAAAAAAGAGGGCAAGCAAUGAAAAAAAUGAAAUGCCCCGCAGAUCAUCUUAACAAUCUGACUAAAACGUGUAAAAUUCCAAAUUGUGAAGCAAAUCCAAAACCAAGCUGCGUAAAUUGCAAGGGACACCACACUGCUACUGACUGGGGAUGUUCUGAAUACAAACGGCAAAAACAAAUUAACGAAACCAUGAGCUUCUACAACCUUUCUUUUUAUGAAGCAGCUAAACUGCAUCCACGGCUAAUUAAUACAAACCAAGGCUUUACCCGAAAACCAGAAGAUUUUUCUAGUUUAAAUAAAAAAACUCAGAAUAAAACUCCUCAUCCAACAAGUCCUCAGAGCUGUUCCUUAUAUACAUCAGUACUUAAAAGAAAACGGCCUGACACCCAAUUUAUCAAAGGGUAUGAUAAAGUAGCCCAUGAACUAACUUUGUUACCCUCAAGUGCAAGAAGAAAAGUCUCAUCUAUACAAGUAGGUGAAAACUCGACAUCAGAGUCGGAAAUGGAAGUAACUCCUGUAGGAAAUGGCUGGGAAGAAGUAUGCAACAAGUUUGAAGCUUUCAAAAAAGACGUUAUGUCAAUAAAGGGUAUGGAUGAAAAUUGUGUCAACAAUAUCAAACAAUAUUUUGGUUCAUUUGACCUACGGAGGGGGGGCGGCUGCGAUGGCAGCGGUUGACCUACAGGGGUUAGAAAAAGAAAAGAAUCUGUUCCAAUGCAUAAACACUCAUUAAACUACGGGUUACCUUGAUGGGAUAAUGAGUGCACCAACGCUGUUAAAAGGAAAAGACAAGCAUUCAGAGAUUAUAAAAACAACCCCUCUGAGACCAAUUUCCUGGAAUCAUUAAGAACACGGGCACAAACAAGACAGCUGCUACGUAAGAAGAAAAAGGAAGGCUUUGUCAACUUUUGUGAGAAUCUAUCUCCAAACACUAGUGCAAAAGAAGUUUGGAGCAGUAUUAGAAGGUUUGCUAAAGGUCGGAAGAGCAAGAGUCCCGGUGUGGAUAAAGUACCUUUCAGUGUGCUCAGCCAUCUCCCUGUUGAAGGAGCAGUCUUUCUUAUCAAAUUUUUCAACAAAAUACUUCGGAGGGAAACCACCAUUCCAGAGACGUGGAAAACCCAAAUGGUGAUCGCAAUUCCUAAACCGGGGAGAGACCCCUCAGCGUUAUCGUCCUACAGGCCCAUCAACCUAGCUUCUUGCAUAAGCAAAACUUUUGAAAUUAUGAUCAAAAACCGACUGGAAUGGUUCGUAGAGAACCAAGGUUUAAUAGACGUUCGCCAAACUGGUUUCAGAAAGGGAAGAAUUACAAGGUUAAUUAUCUCCCCAGACUUCACCUCAACACUCGAACCAUUGCAUGGAGAAAUUCCAUCACACAUCUAGGAGUGAUUUUUGAUCCAAAGCUGUCAUGGGAGCCACAAAUUAGAAAUAUGAUACAGAAAGCUUCAGGGGAAGCAAGUGAAAUGGAUUUAGAACACAGAAGAUACAUGCUAGCAACUAAAUCAUUAUUGAAAGCUGCCAGUUUAGUGGACAGUGAAACCUUAGCUGCGGUUAGAUGGUUAUAUAUCACCUAUAAUGAAAACUAUUACUUUUUUCGGAAAAAGAGUAUUCUUGCACUUGUGGAUGCUUUUGAAAGAGUUGAUUCACUGUUAGAUACACUUUACAGGAGCCCACUUUAUCCCUGUUUCUCUUGUCCACUGCCGAACCUUUUAAGCUCUGUUCAAAUCCAAGACUUAAAACUAAAGAAAGAUAAUAAUAACUCCAAAUUAUUUGAAAUUAAGAAGAGCGAGACUUGGACCCCAGAUUUUCAUUUAAUUUUUACAGACGCCUCAAAAGAUAAAGAAGGCCGAGCAGGUUUUGGCGUUUACAACUACAAUACGAACCUUAAAAAAAAUGGGACAAGGCCUACCAAGUGAACUAUCCAUUUGCUCUGCCGAGAUUUAUGCUAUUGGUCAAGCUCUUGAUUGGAUUGAAUUCAAGGAGAUCAACAAAGCAGUCAUCCUUUCAGACUCCAAAAGUGCCCUCGAAGAUAUCAAUAAAAUUGGGAUGGGUGCAAAGUCUAACUACCUAACCUUGCAGGUUAAGAAUAAACUAUUUACCUUAAUAAAAACUCAAAAUAAGGACAUCCAAUUAUGCUGGAUACCAAGCCAUACCAGUAUAAAAGAAAACGAUAUUGCGGACCAGAUCGCCAAUGCUGCACGCCUCGAACCACAGGAAAAUAUAAAAUUGAGCUUUAGGGAAUUCUUCCCUAAAUUAAAGCAUAACAUCUGAAAUGCUUGGAGCGACAGAUGGAAACAUAUAGGAUUAGGGAAAGGAGUUAAUUUCACCUCACAUUAUUCUACUCCGCCAACUAAACCCUGGUUUCAUAAGCUCGACCUGAAUAGAAGAGAAAUCACAACUAUGUGUAGACUGAGAAGCAACCAUUGCUGUUCUCCGGCUCACCUAAAGAGAAUCAAAGUCAAACUCUCCGGAGACUGUGAAUGUGGAGAACUGGGCGAUUUUAGUCAUGUGCUGUUUGAUUGUGCUCUUCAUUGGGAAAAAUCACAACAGUUGUAUGAGUCACUCAUUAGUGCUAAUUUUCCUUCGCCUCUGCAUAUUAAUUCCAUUUUAUUUCACCGCACUCAGUUGGAUUUUGCUGCUAGAAUUGUUUGCCGCUUUUUAGAUGCAUGUGGAUUAAAACUUUGAAUAUUGUUUUCACAUAUUCUAAUUCUUUCGUCCAUUUUUUUUUCCUGUAUAGCCGUCCAGUAGGAUGAUGGUAUCACCCAGACCCUCUUUACGGAGGCAUCCUUCAUGGAAAUAGUUUAUUGCACACCACUACCGAGAAGCUGGCCGAAUUGCCUUAGCAGCAGCGGCCAAAUAAAGCGUAAUUAAAAAAAAAAAAA